AUGUCGACAGAGCUGCCGAAGGCGGCACUCGCGGAAGCGGCCGACCACCGCGAGCAGACAUCUUCCCAAAAAGAUCCAGUAGCGAACGUCCACAAGAGGCAAGUCAAGAAGCGCAGACGUCGAAAUGCUUCUGUUGCUUCCGAAGAAGAGCAGAGCAGCUCGCAAGAUGUUACACAAGUCAAACCCAGCACAGAGGUGUCUCGAGCGGACUCUCUGGGCGGUGCGCUGACCAGAGCGUUGGUAGGGACGCUUGCAUUUGUGUUCAGAGCACCGGUCAGGCUCUUCAGACCGGUGAAGCUUAGCUCUUGGUCUUUACUGGAGGCCAUGGCCAAGAGGGAUGGGAGAAGUCUGUCGCUGCGAUAUAUGAGGCAAAUCAUCAAAAGAGAAAAGGCAUCUUUUCUACCGCAUCUCCUCAUCCCUCCACUACUGGCCAAUACCGCUGUAGGCUUUGCGCUCUUCGAAGCAUACACACUCACCGAGCAGAGCCUGCUCGACAGGAGACUAAAAAAGAUCUCCGAAAGGACGGAUCGGACUGCAAAGCGACCCGCAUUCACCCCUCUUCACAUCGUCUUCAUGAGUGGGUUCGUAGCGGGAGCUGCUCAGUGCGUGGUGAGCGCCCCACUAGACAAUGUCCGACUGGUGCUCUCAUCCAGACGAAAGCAACAUGGCCUGAACCCGCAUCGGCCUCACCUGAUAAGGUGGAGAGACGUCGCUCGAGCUGCUGUCCUUCCUUUUGCCCCGGCCACAACGCACGAGCGGCUGGUCAACCGAGUUAAGGGGACGGGCAGCAGCGCUAAUGUAACAUGGAGAGGGGAUUCUUCUCAAGUCUGGUCCGCGGAGAAUAGAAAGGAGUUGGAGAAGACUCUCAAACGUUGGAGGGGUGGAGUGCACGGAGCUGGACUGAUUCUCUCACUCGCUCGAGACUCCGUCGGCUUUGCUGCCUUCUUCACCGUCUUUGAGGUGUCGCGACGAUUGGCACAUCGAAUAUCGAGGUCCAUCGAUCGUAGUAUUGCGUAUUUCAAUGCAUCUUCUGCGUUGCCUAGCUCGGCUGGCGUUGAAGUUGCUUCGACCGGUGAUACCAGGACGCCCUCCAACCAUGCCUCUCAAGACGUUUCUUACUCGGGAUCGAGGACAAAGUCGGGCCGCAUUGUAGCUGCGUUCAUCCUCAUCGUGGGUGGUGCAGUGGGCGCCGCUCUUUACGAGCUGGUCGGAAGACCUGCCGAGCUGAUGCGUCUUGUUGUGUGGGAAGGGCGCAAGGCUUGGGAAGAAGGUAGAAGGAGCCGCAAAAAAGGCAACGGGACAACACAUAGAGGGGCUUUGAAUCCUUUUAAGAGACGCACAGGAGCUCAACUUGGCGGACGGAGCAAAAUCGUCGGCGGUCGAAGACUUGCAAAUCGCUUACAGGAAGAAGUUGCAAGGGUGACGAGGACAGGUGGUAGACUAUCCAGUUAUCUGGAUUUAAGAAGAAGCAACUCCGCUGGUGUGAGCGCCAGCCGUGUGUCUGCGUCUCGACUGUUGAGCCGACCCGCUCGAGUCAAAAGAGCCCGGACGAAAACUGCGAGCUUGACCAAUCAAGUUUCAGAUGGGAACAUUCGGCGACCCAAAGCGCCAAUGGUUGCAGACGAUUCACAUGGCCGUCGACGUUCUGCUUCGUCGAUGUCCAAGAACCUGAACCGCCUCGCCAUCAAACCCAGACCUGCACGGCCUUUGCAUCAAGCGCCUCCGCCCCUUUCAACUCGUCCUACAGCAAUGUCAUUGCUGGUAGAGCACGCUGAGCGCACAAGUAUCCUCAAGUACACCUCGUCUCAUCGCUCCAGCACGACGCCCGUGCCAGUGCCCAUCUUGCUUUUGCACACAUACUUCAUCGCGCCCUUUCUCGCACUCUCGUCGCCGCCCACCAUCGGCAGCGCACCUUUGCAAUCGCGAUUAGGUACAGACACUUUGUCAAAGCGCACGUUCGCUUCGAGACGCGCUCCCGUGGGCACGUCUAGAGAAAGAGCACCGGAGAGAGCGGUGAGGGAGAGGUGGACGUUGAAAAAUCCGGUCGUUGCCGCUCCCGGGAGUCUCAAGAGCGCAGUGGCUGCCAGGAGCUGGGGUUCUGGACGCGUGGCUUGGGCUCUAAGAAGACUCGCUACACCAUAUGGCAUUGGCUUUCUCGCCUGGGCUUACGUCAGUGGAGAUAUUUGA